AUGAUUGGUGUCAGAUCAGAUAGUGUAUUUUCCAGUAAAAGCACAAGCUUCGAACGGCAGGAUUCGGAACAUUCAGUCCCUUCGUCUCAAUUAAGCUUUGAUGGGGACGAGGAUAAUGACGAUGGAAGCAAAUCACUGGAUGUCGAGGCAGAACGAAUUGAACUCGAGCGACUUGCAAACGAACAGCUAGAAAAGGCCAGAGUUUCUUCUGUUGUAUUUGCUGUACGUACAAAUGUCAGCUUCGACGGGACAGCAUGUGCUGAUUGUCCUUUACCUGGUCAUGUAGUCAGCUUUCAGUUGAAGGACUUUCUGCACAUAAAGGAGAAAUUUAAUAAUGAGUGGUGGAUUGGACGUUUGGUGAAAGAAAAUUCCGAUGUCGGCUUUAUUCCCUCACCAGCCAAACUCGAAUUUCUUCGGACUCGCACUCGUCCAUCCAAGAAUGCGGGGGGGAAAGGAAAUUUCGAUUCGUCUUCGCUUCCUCGUACCACAGCCUCCAGAGCUUCCACUCCUCCAGGUGAUACGGACGGAGAAGGUCGAGACGAGAAUGAGCCGGCGUCGCGUUCGAAAAGCUUCGGCAACACGAAGGGCGGCAGGAAGGCCUUCUUCAAGAAGACAGACAACAUUCCGCCAUACGAAGUUGUGCCAACCAUGCGACCUGUCGUGCUAAUUGGUCCCUCCUUGAAGGGCUAUGAGGUGACCGACAUGAUGCAAAAGGCGCUCUUCGACUUUCUCAAACAUCGCUUCGAGGGCAGAAUUAUUAUAACAAGAGUGACUGCAGAUAUCUCUCUAGCCAAGCGAUCCCUUCUCAAUAAUCCAACUCGAAGAGCGAUCAUGGACAAAGCGUCAACUCGGAAUCAGUCAUUCGGUUAUGGUGUCUCCACUCUCGUGUGCAGAGGGCUUCAAAGUCUCCUGUCUUUGCUGCUACUUCUGUCUCCCAUUGCAGAGACUUGCAUGUUUCCCAUUGCAGAAGUGCAACAGGAGAUUGAGCGCAUCUUCGAUUUGGCUCGAACUCAGCAGUUGGUGGUGUUGGACUGUGACACCAUCAACCAUCCUAGCCAAUUGGCAAAGACGUCACUAGCGCCUGUGAAUGUCUACGUGAAGGUCUCCUCCACCAAAGUCCUCCAACGACUCAUCAAAACGCGCGGGAAGUCCCAAUCGCGCAACAUGAAUGUGCAAAUGGUUGCCGCGGAAAAACUCCUCCAAUGCACCAAUGACCAGUUUGAUGUAAUUUUGGAGGAGAAUCAACUUCAGGAUGCCUGUGAACAUCUCGCUGAAUAUUUGGAAGCCUACUGGCGGUCGAGUCAUCCACAAAUCGGCAACACAGCGAAGGCAGAACGUGUUCUCGGCAUUUCAUCGCAAGUAAAGGAAUCUAGUGUUCCACCAGACGACCUCCAGAACGCCGGUGAGAGGACUACGGCUCCACGUUCUCCCACUCCAGAGGAUCGUGUAAGCCUCCUAUCCCCGCUCUCUGAAGAGGUCUCCGAGUCAAUAGAACACCCGUCGUUGUCCGUCUCUCGUAGAAGACAACAAGCAUCAUCCAGGAGAGCAAAGCGAGUGGGUGAGAGGCCUCGUGAAGAGUUCGAUGGGAGUUUGGUGAGUGGGAGAAGGCGAUGGCAAGAGGAGGAAGAUGAGGAAAUGAUGGAGGAAGAGGAGGAUGAUGCCAACAUGGAUGCGGAAGGAGAAGUGGAUGAAGAAGAGUUGGAGGAUGACCAUGAGGAGUACCUCAAUUCUUCUGAAUACGACGAAGAAGUCGCAUCGCAUCCCGCUGGUGGGGGUUAUUAUUUUGGAGGAUACCAACGAGUUUCUCAAGACCACCGCAAACCUCACAUAAUUCAUCCCAAACCGUCCGGGCAUCAUCCAUUUGCAAUGGGAAGUGCUGCACCUCGAUAUCAGCCUAUCCACCAGCCAUCUAACUACCUUCCUCACCGCCAACAGUCCAUUCCUCAGAAACGUUCUAUUUCUGUGAAUAAACCGUAUUGGCAGCAACAAGAAGGUGACAUUGACUAUUCAGAUGAAGGCAUGUCAUAUCGUGGUCACUAUUAG